CAAAAUGGUCGUCUUUCGGAACGAUCCUUGUGGAAUCGUGUGCCUUUUUAUUACUUAUGGGGCCGUUUUAUAUGCGGAUUAUGUUGUUAUACAAUGGCUCAUCAUACCAACGAUGGUUGACAGCUUAUGGGGUGCCUUUCACGGAAUGGUGUUCAACCUGAUCGUUUUGAUGAUAACAAUGGCACACUUCAGGGCCGUAUUGUCAGAUCCAGGUAUUGUUCCACUUCCCAGCAUUGACUUGGCAAAUAUGAGGUCCGGUCAGAUUCCGAAAAAGAUUGUUCAUAAGGAUGGAACAAAUUGGACCGUUUGCCAGAAAUGUGAAGCAUAUCGGCCACCGAGGGCACACCACUGUCGUAUCUGUCGGCGAUGUAUACGCAAAAUGGAUCAUCACUGCCCUUGGAUUAAUAAUUGUGUAGGGGAAUUCAACCAAAAGUAUUUCAUACAGUUUCUAUUCUAUGUUGGUGUUGCAGGAAUACAUGCCAUUCUUAUUGUUAUCAUAUCCUGGUUAUAUGACUGCCCAAUGUGCCACAACAUGAUCCAGAAAAAUGCCAGAAUAGCCCAUAGCAUCGUCUUAGUGGUCCUGUCUCUCCUGUUUGGCCUUUUUGUUAUAGCUAUUGGGUGUGACCAGGUCCAAGCAAUUUUCGAAGAGGAAACGGCGGUCGAGCAGGUCAAACUAAAAAGUGGCGCUACCAAUGGUCAUCGGGUCAAAGGUCAAAAAAACAAAAUGACCUUGCUUCGAGAGGUGUUCGGCAAAGGUCCCAUAUUGUGUUGGAUACUACCUUGGCGCUCCAGUCGACGAGUUCCUCUCAUUCCCCCUAACUGGGAAGUUGUAUAACACCGCCUCCUUCAGCCGGUAACAGUCAGUUCAUGUCAAGUCUUAUUAUUAUUAUUAUUAUUAGUUCCUUAACCCUCCUACGUUAUUACUCUUUAAUAUCAUCCACUGUGGUUUUGGAAUGAUACAUCUAUAUCAGUCUGCAAAAUGAUAUCAUGUGAUGAAGGCAUACAUAGAACACAGUCAACCCUCCUACUGUCUGACCAUGUAAUAUGGUGCUUUUGAAUGAUGGCAGCCUGCAAUAUGAUAUCAUGCUGUGAAUGCAUCUUCAACGUAAACAGAUAGUUAACAGUUGUGCAACAAUACAACAUAAAAACAGUUGAAGGGUUUUGCAUACAUGUAGUUGGCAUUACUCAGAAAACAGUUAAUUUAUUUAAACAUGAAAACUUUGGCUUUAGACUUGCCCCAUUCAGGACGUCAGGUUUCCAUCGAACAAACCACAUGCCUUCAAUUUAGGGUUCUAGUAGAAUCUAAAUUACGGGAAUUAAAAGAAAACAAGAGUUGAUAUUGUUCACACAAUUCAAUCACUUUGCUAAUAGUAUUCACAGUUGAUAUUUUUUUAAAUAACUCAAGAUUUUUCCUUCAUCAUUUUUUUUUUGUACAGUAAUUUUACUCGGUGAUUAUCAUAUGCAAUGUUGUGUGUUUAUUUAUUUUUAUUAGAAUAUAAGAAGUUUAUUUGUAAUGAUAAUUUUGGGUGCUCCCCUGUAUUGCUUAUUUGGGUCUGGGUUGUUUUCGUGGGGGCUGUCCAACGAGAGAAAGAAAUAGUCCACAUUGUGACAAAUACAUUUUUCAAGGACCUUUGAUGCUAGAAUAAGAAGGCCCCAGACCUGCGAGUAAUUUUGUUCAGGGAAUGUUCACAUUCAUCCCUAGUUUUAUGAAAAUGGACCCAGGUCAUUUGGGUUGGCAGUUUGUUUAACCAAUUUUUUUCCUUCAGGCUUUUUUCCUUUUUUUUCCAGCUUAAAAUAGUUGCAAAAAUUUAUGGUAGUUAAUUUGUGAAGCUUGAAUUCCAUUUUAUAAAAUAAUAAUAAUUGUUAUAAUUUUAAUUUGUAUAUGUUUUAUUUGAAAAAAUGAAAUCCAACCCCCCUUACUGUCUUUAGCUUGAGGCCUUCCAAAAUAAUAUGCUCAACAACCAACGCUCUAAUAUUGGUAAUCUGUAGUCACAAAACAUCACCAACAGAGGGCGCUAUUACGCACAAACUGCCAGAGCUAUGCAUAGACCUUUUAUUUGUAUUGCAAUGUUACAGCAUAAGUUUUUUCUAACCAAGGUAAACCCUUUGUAGAUAUUAUGUCCCUUAAGGGAUAGUUGUUUGGUCUUUCCAGAUAAUAAUAGUAUAUUUUUGGCAACCUUGUUCUCAGGUUGUUCUGAAUCCCAUUUAGACGUGAUGUGCAAUUUAAGAAAAGAUAAGGCAGAAAUAAAUUUCUUCGUCCAUUGUUUUUCAAAUAGGCCAGGGUUAAAGCCAUGGGACCCUUUCGGUACAGAAAACAAACAAAAAGUUCACAGAUUUACAAAUAACUUACAGGGUUUACAGAAGGUAGU